UUCGGUAUUUUCUUUCAAAAAAGCAUUAAACCGUUAAUAGCUAAAACAAAAAUCUCAGUGAAGCAUCACAACGCGUCACGCAAUCUCAACGAAAGCACUCUCGUCAGCUUUAGCUUAGCAUUGAAGCAAAACAAAAAGAAAAAUGGAAUCUCCAAAACCACAACCGCAAAAUCUAGACGAAUACUCAGCCGCCACAACUGUCAUCAACUUCGACCACCCCAUCCCCUUGCUCCGUGGGCCCAUUCGCCGGCCCAGCCCAUCAUCAGGCCCAUAUGUACUCGCAUUCCGAGACCUCCAAACCUGGUUCUCCGCUCUCAAAUCCUCCGAGUCCCAAAUUCUCGACCAGUGCAUCACCGGAGCUAGAAUCGGGUGCGCGCUCACCGCCUCCAACAGAUGUAAGCCUCCCUGGUGGCGAUCCCUCAUUGGUCCGAAACAAACCGACUUGAAAGCGCGAGAGCAGUGCGAGGCGCGCGAAAUGGAAGCUUGCUUUGUUACGGCGAAAGAGAAGUGCGUCGCGUUUGCUGCGGAGAAGUGCGCGACGCCGUUUCGGGACGCGUGGAUUGCGACGCGCGUGAAUCCGAAGGUUGCCAUGAGGUUGAUUGGUUGGGCCUCGGUGCCGGAGAGGUGUACGUGGAUUAAUUCGAUUGGUCUGGAUUUGGGAGAUUGUGAAUUCGGCGAAACGAAUUGUUAUAGGGCUAGCGAAUUGCUUGGCUCUAACACCGAUUUUGGAUCCGAUCGCUUCAAAGGGUCCUGCUUGUAAUAGUAAGGUGGAAGGUGAGAUUGGAAGUUCAAGAGCUAGAGCUGUGGAGCCUACCGAUAUAAAGAAAGAGUUAUUUGAUCAUGUAUCCAUCAUAAAAGAAUGGAACCGACUAAAAUAGGUCAAGAGACUUCUAGCUCAACUACCAAUCCAAUAGAGACGUCCAAGGAUUAAAUCUCCCAUCCUCAUUGUGACUGUCGAAUUAUCAAAUUGAAGAAUGGACUAAAAUAGAAUAAGUACUUUAUAAACAAAUUGAAUGGAAAGAAAAGUCACUUAACUUCUUCUUUUUUUAAUUGAAUUAUCAAAAUGAAGAAUGGACUAAAAUAGAAUAAGUACAUUAUAACAAAUUGAAUGGAAAGAAAAGUCACAUAUUUCUUUGGGAAAGAAAAGGAAUAAUUGUUUGUUUGGAUAGCAGGAUUUAGGCUUGUGAAUUUGGAUUUGAGGGACCAAAUCUAAAUUAUCUUGUUUGAAUAGUUUAAAAGUGUAAUGAUUUGGAUUCGGGCCAUAUCCACUAAGGAUUUCAAAACCCAAAAUUUAAAUAGUACUAACAUUAAGCCCUUUGGAAUUUUAGAAAUCCUUAGCCAUACUUUGAUAUGAUCAAAACACUGUCAAAGCCUUAGAUUAACAUUCAGUCCCUUGGAAUUUCAAAGGUAUGUUUGUUUUUGGUUAUAUUUUUUGUUUUUGCUUCCCAUAUAUUCGUUUACCAUCGAUAGGUUUUUUAGUGUUUAAAAAUGUUGUAGUAUAAGAAAGAAGCUGAGCUUGGGCACAGUAAUUUGCAAGUUUAGAAUUCAUGUAGCAUGGAUUUUGAGAAUGUGUAGCAAGCAUGUCAGUCUAAAAAGAUGAAUAAAAGCAAAUAAUUAAAAUUUUAAAAGAAAAAGCUGCUGACAAAAAGAUGCAGAUGAUUUGUUUUAUCGGUUUGGAGUUCCUUGAUAUAGUCUAUAUAUCUUAUGAGAAUGACAAACAGAUACAGAUGAUUAGGUUAAAGUAUAGUUGCUGCCUGUAAAGUAUGAUAUAGAUAUAUAUUACAAUUAUAGAACAAUUUUACACUACUUAAUUGGGAACAUGUGCAAGGCAACCAUGGUGACCAAAUGGGAUCCAUCAUCCCUAAAAUUUGAAUCUGAAAUAUACUGUUUCCCCCCCCACAAUUAACUGCUUAUUAGUAAACUUCAUUAGUCUUUUGUCAUGAAAAUGCAAUCCCAAUUAAAAGUAUUGGUGCUUCAAUUGCAAGCCUAAUGCCAUUGGCAAUUGCCUCUCCCACCAACAUUGUCACAAUCAUGGUUGUCCUCUUUUUGUUGUCCUUACUACCAACAUGAGCAUGGUUUGGCCACCUUUAACAAUCACUAUUAAGUGUGAGUGUGUUGUUCUUUACAUGGUUAUCACUAUUACUGCUUGUUGUCAUUGAGACCAUCAGCACUCUUACCUCCUCUAUCAUCUUAAACACUGCCAGCUUAAAUAGCUUUUUUUUUUUGGAAUUGUUAAGUUACACACACAUCUAGUGGGACUUGAACCCACGACCUAACCCUCCACCUAGCACCUACAAGGGGAGGAGGUUGCAGUUGAGCUAGAGCUCAUUGGCAAAUAGCUUGUGGACAACAGUCAGGUGCUGCCUUCACAACUAUAUCACUACCACUAAUGCUUCCAAACUCUUAACCACCACCAUCAUCAGCACUACUAUAGAGCUACCAUGACCCAAUUUUUAUUGAUUUCUCUCCCUCUCUCUCUCACCUUUUCCCCUUUAGGCUUUUGUUUGGUUGUUAGAAAGUACAAAAGGAAAAGGAAAGAACUUGAAAAUGGCUUUCCUUGAUUGCUCUUUUUGGAUUAUUUAAAGAUGAUUUAUAGUAUAUUGUGCUUUUCUGUAACUAUACAUACAUAUAUGAUAUGCCUUGGUUUGUGUGAAAUUAUGUAUAUAUUCUUUUAGUUAGAGAGAUAAUUUUAUGUUAGAUCAUCUAUUUAUCAAAUAAAACUUAUGUUGGAUCAA